GAUCUCACCACCCUAUGGAAGCGCAAGUGCCAACGCGAGGGGUUUUAUCUUCAGAGUUUGGACAGAAGCGUCUCUGACUGGAAGGUCUUCUAUAUGCUCUGCAGCUUGAAGAGAAACUUAAUCAAAAACCCCUGUGCGGAAGAGAACUUCCAGCACUGGAAACUUGAUAAUAAUGAUGGAGAUAAAUGGAAGAUUGAAGAUCUGCCUGGACCUCAUGGAAAAGGGAUGCCAGACCCCUCAGUACACAAAUACUUUGUCACUUCAUAUGGGCCAUGCUUCAAGUCUCAACUCAUUACCCUGCAGAAAGAAGGAUACUGGAAUCAGUUGAUGGAUGAGAAGCGGCCUGAAAUUGUAGUCAAGGACUGGUACGCUGCCAGAUUUGACUGUGGGUGUCGCUAUGAACUUUCAGUGAAGCUGCUUUCUGAAGACUACAUUGUCCUUGAGGAGUUCCAACCCGAGCCAGUGGUUAUAGAGCAGUGGAAUGAUGCAAUGUGGAGAGAGAUUUCUCACACUUUCCAGAAUUACCCACCUGGAGUUCGUUACAUCUGGUUUAAGCAUGGAGGCCAAGACACGCAGUUCUGGGCAGGAUGGUAUGGGAUCCGAGUGACAAACAGCAGCAUCACCAUUGGACCCCUGACAUUGUUAUGAAGGCACAAUAUAAGUGUUUGCUUUUACCUCAGGACUGUAACCAGGUGGUCUCAGGUGCACUUAUUUGUCUGUACUCUCUGGGUGAGUGUCCUGGCUUUGUCUUUGCACAGUUGGUCUCAAAUACAAGCAGCUAGUUCUUCUUGUUCACAAGAACUUCUGCAGGCCCAGCCCUUUGGAAGGACUUCUGUCUUCAUCUUUUGUCCUCCUGUACCAUGG